AUGAUUGGCAUCUUUCAUGUUUUCAUGUGGUACUUUCUACUGGUUUUGUAUAUGGGACAAAUUAAAGGAGUCUUUGGAACGUAUGAACCUGUAACUUACAAAACAGGAUGUACUUUAUGGGGAACUUUUUUUAUCAUUGCAGGAGUCUUCCUAAUAAGAGUAACAAAGUAUCCGACUCGAUCUGGAAUUAUAUGUACUUUAAUCAUAAACAUCAUCUGCAUAAUUACUACAAUUACUGCAGUAACUCUAACAAUAAUAGAGUUGUCUCAUUUUAAUUCUGUGUCAUACAGGAAUUAUGGACAAGCGAAACUUGGGAGAGAAGUAUCACGUAUUUUACUGUUCUUCUACACUUUGGAAUUUUCUAUUGCACUUACACACUCAAUAUGCAGCUGUUCCAAUUUGUUUCGAAGACAAAAUGAUCUUACAUCUGUUGCUGAGGAAGCUGAGAGCACUCUUUAA